UCAUAGUCGACCAUCUGGAAGCGGUGGCUCUCACAUGUAACGCUAAGCUAACCAGCUAGCUCUGCUGUUGUGGUGACACCUGUCCGGCUCCGAGGCUUCACCUGAGCUCGUUUAUAAACUGAAUCCAGCUGGUCGGGUCAUUUUAAGCUCUCCUCUGCAGCUCUGUUUCGUUUCUCACAAGCGGGGGGCGCCCCCCCUUUUGUUUUGUUUUUUAAUCCACCCCCACAUGAAUGAUAGUUGAUCAUGAAAGUCAACAAACCCACGCAGACAAAGAGCCGUGCUAGAUCUCAGAAGUGGAAGGAUGUGAGGGGCAAACGGUGCAGGCCUCCCAUCAACUCCUCAGAGCUCAACUCCAGUCCCGUCAUGGCCAGGAUGAUCCAGGAGCACCACGUGUCCGUGAAGAAAAAACCCACCGUCAAGAGACUAAAGAAAAAGGCCAAAUCUAUCUCCGACUCCAAGAAAAACCCUCCCCAGUCUGCAGUGAAGAAAUCCAACGCGCAGGCUAAUGGGAACUCAGCGUUUUCGAUGGACAACGACUCAAAUGACUCGCAGGAGUGGAAGGAGUAUUCCCAGUUUGUCCACGGGAACGGCGUGGACACCUCAGGUGACCUGGAAGAUGUAAAGCCAGGUAGGCUGGAGGGAGAGUCUCUCCAUCACUGCACAGGGAGGAAUGAUCAACAAAACCACGCGGUGCUCGUCAUGCAGAAGGAUCAGACGCUGUGUUUCCGUGGAAAGUGCUUUUUAACCUGUCUGUAUGGGCGGGUAGAAGUGAUGGGGUUCACCAUUGAAGAAGGCCAGGAGUCAUAUCCACUCUUCUCUCCAGCCUCACACUGUCCUCUGACCAUCAGAGCGCUGCAAAGCUCUGAUCAGACCAGAGAUGACCGGUCGGAGGUGUUACCCAUCCUCCGAAAGUACCUGCCAUCAGCGUCACGGAAGAGGUUGCUAAAAAGAAUCAUGUCAAACUCCUCCGUCAUCCUUCUGGAGCCCAUGGAGACGCCUCUGACACGGUUUCUGACCAGCUUCACAGAUCUCAGUGAAUUGUUCAGCCCCCCGAUGAGUGAACUCAUGUCAGCUGUUCUUGACACGCCGCUCAAUGGUUUGGGAAUGAUUCCCCUCGUCAGCAACAUCGAGGGCCUGAACAUGUCAAAGAGCUACAGAGAAGCUCUCAACACGGUGGUCAGCGCCUGCAGAGGUGACAUGGAUGGUUGUGCGGUUAUUUUGGUAUGUGGUACCAAGAAUGUUGGCAAGUCGACAUUUAUCCGCAUCCUCAUCAAUACCUUACUAAAUCACACAACAAGUGUAGAUUAUUUGGAAGGUGACCUCGGUCAGACGGAGUUCACUCCUGCUGGUUGCCUUUCUUUGUCGACGGUCAGAGAACCACUUCUGGGGCCUCCUUUCACACAUCAGUGCACACCGGAGCACAUGAUCUACUACGGCCAGUCGUCAUGCGAGUCGGACUUAGACCGCUACCUGGAAUCCCUUAAGUCCUUGUGGCGUAGACGCUCCCAGAGCAGAGAGGCUCCCGUCAUUAUCAACACCAUGGGCUGGGUCAAAGGGUUUGGAUUUCAGCUUCUAGUGGACAUGAUCCGCUUCUUCCCACUCUCGCACGUCGUCCAACUCGGACACGGCGGCACCACCCAGUGUGCCGCCCUCUCGCCAGAGUUUCUGAGGACGGCACACGGGCACCAGACGCACCCGCCUGCCCAGACCGCCAUGGAUGAGUUCACAGAGAGCCACAGUCCCCCCAGAAGUUACACUCAUCUCAUCGUACAAGCAGAGUUUCAAGGAGUGGGUCGCCAGGGGACAGCGAAACAUCAGCGCACUAAUGAGCACAGAGAGCUGUCAUUGCUAGCCUACCUGAGUCAGCUGCAGUCUCCUGACCCUGGACCAGUUAGACCUCUGCACAGCCUCACCCCGUACCAGGUGCCACACACAGCCGUGGCGUUGGGUGUGAUCCAUUGCGAGGUCGUGCCCAGUCACAUGUUUUAUGCCGCCAACGCCAGUCUGGUGGGACUCUGCUGCCUGGGAGAGAAAGUAACAAGCAGAGGGGGCCCUGUCAUGCUGUCGCAGGCACCCAUCUGCCCAUGUGUGGGCUUCGGUGUGCUUCGAGGUGUUGACAUGGCACGAGGGCUGUACUUUCUGCUGACGCCUGUCGAUCCCUCCAUCCUCCGCAAGGUCAACUGUCUCCUCUUGGGUGCGAUAUCGCUGCCUUCCUGCAUCCUCACAACGCAGUCUGGCUUUGAAGGAGAGAAGCCCUACGUCACCACGGACUACAGUUUCGACGUCACCGGUGCAGGAAAGCUGCGAGUCUUCAAGGGAAUGACGAGGCCCAGUCAAAUGGGGAUGUGAUGACAUUUGCUGCACAGCAUCGGUUUAUUGCCCUUUACUCUUUUGGACCGGUCAGCAUUGGCCUUUUGAAUGUACAAACCUGAGGUUGAGCCGGGCAGUUUUGUAUGUCGGAGCAGUCGGUAUCAGAGACUCUGCAGGUGGGAGACGGCUGCAUUCCUGUUUACUGGACCCUGGGUGUUCUCACCAUAUCUUCCAACCUCCUACUGUACGUACAUUUGAUGGUGCUGUGAAGGAAUUUAUUUUCUCGUCACGGACAAUAAUAUCACACUUUGUAGUUUGAGCUCUUGUCAUGGUGUCUCUUCUUUGUAGGUGGCAUUCCAAAGCUGCGAAUGAACUAAAAAAAAAAAC